UAUCCGGAACAAUUAGUUCGGGGCAUGGCAUACUUAAAUAUGGAGAUGACGUUCCCCGAUGCCGUCAGCAGGCCGACUCUGACACAGCUGGUUUUCCUUGAUGUCAAUACAGACAAUGUAGACCUUAAUAAGACAAAUCCACCUCUCUGAAACUCUGACACCCUUUUAUUCUUAUUCCCUCCCAGCCUCCUCUCUCUCUCUUUCUCUCCCUCUGUUUCUUUCUUUCUUUGCUACAUUACCAGGGGGUGGUGCAUGAUUGACAGAUGGGCAGGAAUAAUAAUUUUUUUUUUCUUUUUCGCGUAACCUAAGGCCAUGCUCUGUGAUUGGCUUGCCAGCUGACAUCUCCAAACCUCACUUGUCGUUUUUUUUCCCCUCUCUCUCUCACUCUCUCUCUAAUAUUGGCCCUGAUGAUCCUAAGGGGAAAAAAAGUGGGGAGAGAAAAAGAUAUGUACCUUAGGGAAGAACCUCAGUGAGAGGGAGGGAAUCAGAGGACGAGUAGGAGCGUGUGUGCGAGUGUGUGAAAGAGACACUUUACUCUCCUAACUACUGGGACACACACACUUUCCUCACACAACUCAAAGAAGCAGCAAACCCUGGAGAUGGUUUUUUUUUUUUUUUUUUUUUUUUAUUUAAACCCCAAAGUUGCUAAUUAUUCUCUCAAGCAUCCAUCUUUUCCUUAAGACUUGCCGGCUGGAACUUAAUUUUCAGCCCCUCUCUAGGAAUUCUAUGUACUGAUCAAUAGACAAUUUCCAUCCACACAAGACAUACCUCAUGGAUUUGUACCUGGUUGGAUAUCUCAUGUGCAUGUGGUUGUCCAGCUCUCGGGUGCUUGGAGGCUAUCCCAUCUGGUGGUCCCUGGCCCUUGGGCAGCAGUACUCAUCCAUAGGCUCCCAACCCAUCCUGUGUGGCUCCAUACCUGGUUUGGUGCCAAAACAACUGCGCUUUUGCCGCAAUUACAUCGAGAUCAUGCCCAGUGUAGCAGAGGGUGUAAAAUUGGGAAUCCAGGAGUGUCAGCACCAGUUCCGAGGCCGCAGAUGGAACUGCACCACUAUCAAGGACAAUCUAGCUAUAUUUGGACCUGUACUUGAUAAAGCCACAAGAGAGUCUGCGUUUGUUCAUGCGAUUGCUUCAGCUGGAGUGGCAUUUGCAGUGACCCGUUCAUGUGCAGAGGGGACCUCCACCAUGUGCGGCUGUGACUCCCAUCAUAAAGGUCCGCCGGGAGAGGGAUGGAAGUGGGGUGGCUGCAGUGAAGAUGCAGAGUUUGGGGUUUUGGUGUCUCGAGAGUUUGCAGAUGCUCGUGAGAACCGACCAGAUGCUCGGAGUGCUAUGAACAGACACAACAAUGAGGCAGGACGGAUGACCAUCCUGGAAAACAUGCACCUGCGCUGUAAGUGCCAUGGACUGUCAGGCAGCUGCGAAGUCAAGACCUGUUGGUGGGCUCAGCCUGACUUCAGGCUGUUGGGGGACUACCUGAAAGACAAGUACGACAGUGCUUCUGAGAUGGCGGUGGAGAAACACCGGGAAUCCAGAGGCUGGGUGGAAACACUACGGGCCAAAUACGCCUUCUUCAAGCACCCCACAGAACGAGACCUGGUAUACUACGAGGGAUCGCCCAACUUCUGUGAGCCGAACCCAGAGACGGGAUCAUUUGGCACCCGCGACCGCGUCUGCAACGUGUCGUCACACGGCAUCGAGGGCUGCGACUUGUUAUGCUGUGGCCGUGGCCAUAACACACGGACAGAAAAGCGCAAGGAGAAAUGCCACUGCAUCUUCCACUGGUGUUGCUACGUCAGCUGCCAGGAGUGUGUGAGGGUCUACGACAUGCACACAUGUAAAUAAGUGCGGGAAGAAAACGAUCGGUGGACAUUAAAGGAUGGAAAGAGAGAGAAAGAGAGAAGGAGAGACUGAGAACACACACAAGAUAGUGGCACUUCUGUGGUAGAACCCUUUACUAAUGUGCCCUUUUUGAUCUACAUGCCCCAAAAGAUGCCCAUCGUGAGCAGCAUAGUUACUACUGCCAUUCCUCUCAUUCUUUUUUUGUGGCACGCAUUAUUUCUGCAAAAGAAAAAAAAUCCUUGUUAUCAUUCAGUCUCCUGUAACACCAUCUCUCUGAUCAUCUCACCCUACUGCCCAGGGGCCAAAACACGAUAUGUUCAAAUACAACCAGUGACACUAGGCACACAUUAAAGAACAAGAGAAGGGGGGAGAGGAUGACGAGAAUCUCUCGGUUAACUACUGAACGCUGGGUCUUGAAAUAUGCCCUGCUAUACUACUGAAUCCAAUGCAAUGCCCAUGUUUUCCCUCAUGAUCUCCCGAGGUUUCCCAAUUCAAGGACAUAUUGUACACUCCUACCAUAUUCCCUAUAAUCAUAUAUGUUCAGAUCAUGGAACAUAUUGCUGUUUGCUACGUAAAAACUCUGGUAAUUUGCUUUACAGCAGUUUUGAGUGAUGCAAUUGAUAUAUUAGCAUAGAAUGCUUUGGGUACAAACAGGAAAAGGAAUCAUGUAUACCUUCCGAAUUGUUUUGCAGAACAUGUUCAUGCAAAGCCAUCGGUAACUCUUCUGGAUGAGUGCAGGACAGCUGGUGAAAUGCAUGACAGCAGAAUGCGACGACACACUGGGCUCAUGUGCACCCGACCAGUAAAAUUUGCACUUACAAAACUACUAAUGAAUAUACUAAUUCUAGAGAUUACGAUGAUUAUUUUUUAACAUAUUCUUUUUGAUAAAGCUCCUCGUAUAUGACUGUGAAGGCUCCGUUUCAACACUUCCUUGAUGAGAAGUUUGCGUAGAGGAAGGAGAACAAGUGAGCAGGAGCAGGAUAGUUAAGGAAAGAAAUAGGAGGGUAAAUAAAGGAGGGAAGUGGCAACCCAAUUUCAUGAAAUAAAAACGCAACAAUUUUGCAAGGUGGUGAUUUUGUAUUAAUUCGUACGAUUUGAUACGUAGGAAAAUUUUCGAUUUUUUGGAAAAAAGAAAGAAUUGAGGGUCCAUCCCUAAACCUAAUCAUCAGUUGGGCAUAAGCAGAUCAUAUGAAAACGUACGAAAAUCGUACACAUUUAUACGAAGUAGCCACCAAUUUGCAAUUUAUCAUGAGAGUGUGUUGCAAGUGGAGGACUGCUGUGGGUUCGAGUGUGUGAAAGAAAGACCAGCUUCACAAAGCUGCAGCAGACUAGCAGAGGUUUCCAUAGGACAUGUUCUGACAGUCCCAUACGCUUCCCAUUAAUUAAGUUUAACUACGCAAUGCUAGUUUCACAUUCACACGAUCCCUAAGGAGCCCUCUCACCAGUCACAUCUACACUCCCUUUUCCAUUUCUCCUUCCGCUAUAUCCAAAGUUUUGUACAAAGCCUUUAAAAGUUCAUAAUUCCCUUUUUAUUUUAUAAUCUGAAAAUGUUAUGUUUUUAUAAAUAUUAUUUAUUACACAAUGUAUAUAUCUGUAUGACUGAACUAAGAUUAUAUAUUUGAAGAACAAAACAGUCUCAUGAUUUUGCUUUUUAAUAUAAGACUGACUCUUGCUUUGCUGAUGUAUUAUGCUGUGUGUAGCCUCAUUUAUAUUAAUAUAUAAUAUGGAUAACAACACUUUUUAAAAAAAAAGAUAUUUAAAAUAAAGCAUAGCAUAAAAAUAAAAAUACUGUGUGACAUUGGCACGCAGCUAAAUAAAGGGUUCAAUCUACCUGAUCACAAUCAUUUGAUCCUCUUGUCUGCAUCUACUCUGUCAUUCCAGCGCUGACAUCAUCCUGCAGGUUUGAUGAUGAUGUUGUCUCCACUACAGUAACGUUAGCUCCACUUAAUGACAGAGUAAACCAUGACACAAUGCACAUUACAAAUAAUGACUGAAUAAAGCUGACUUCUUUUACCUGUUCAUGCAGAUAUUACUCAGUCGGUUCCUUGCUGUAUGCACAGGUCAAUUUGAGAGUUACACCUAAUAUAAAAAACACUAACAAUGUGAAGGCAGCCAAUGUGACAAGACCUGAUUACACAAUCAAAUCACUGGAUACUUCUAAAAUUAGAGAGGGUGCUCUACCCUUAAUGCACAUCUAUUCUGACUAGAUAUUUUUGUCCUGUGCAUUGUUAUGGCCAUGUGUCAGUCAUUGCAAUUCUCUGAAACUUUGUGGCCUAUACAUGGCUGUUGGUCCUGUUAGCAGCACGAAAAGCAAAAUUUUAUUCCAAUUCUCUGAAUGGCUUAUAUUCUGCUAGCCAAGAAAGCACGCAAAGAGCACUCCCUUAUUUAUAAUAUAAUAAUGACCCCUUUUAUCCACAAAACCAGAGUUUAAACUUGCAACCAUGCAUUCAUUUAAGUUGUGUUAAUGAGCAUCAUAGCUCGUUGGAGAGAAAAACCAGUAAGAGAGCUUAAGCAUUCUGUCUUUUUAGGGGAGUACCUUGUGACAUCAUGUCCUGUUUUUGUUUCAUUUAGAUGUCCUUGGUCCUUAUUGGGUUCAUAUAUCGGACCAAGACCCACUUUUCAUGGGUUCUCGAGCCACUUUUGUGUGCACACCAAGAUUCAGAUGGCAACCUUCACACUUAUUCAAAUGAACCAAUCAACAAUAAUGGCAGUCAUUUAUUGCAAUCCUAACACGGCAUUUUAACUACGGAAUCAUUGAAGACAAUAUUUCAUAAUUCUAUUUAACAGGAAAAAUGAUUGCAUUUAUUAAUUCUUUUAAGGGUCAUGCCAUGAUAAGCACUACAAGUACUAGUGUGUGACAUGCAGUCCAAGAUCCAAAAUGUACACAAAACACAAAUUCUUGUGACUUGAAAAAAUGACUUUCACAGUUCAACAGUAAGUUAUAAUGGGGUCAUAAUGUUCUUCUUAAAUGUUCUGAGAGAGAAAGCAUGCGUAUGAAA